AUUUUCUCACAUAUACUUCACACAAAAGAAACAACCGUUCACUACAUACUACCUUGUCAUUGAUUUUCUCUCUCUAUAUCUCAAAAAUCUUUGCAAAAUCAACUUAGCCUCAAAACAAUAGAAACGACAUUCUCAACAAAGUCCAGAAAUUUCCUCCUCAUAUCCUUAAUAACCUUUUCUUUUUUCCUCUCUACCAACAAUAAAAGGGAUAUAUGGUUCUUUCCUUCUUUAACCUGAUUCAAAAAAUCAAGAACUAGGGUUCAUAUCUCUAGGAACCGACUGAUAAAUCUCUUGAAGAAGAAGAAGAAGAACAGGAGGCAGAAUAAGAAGUGAAAGCUCUCUUCCAUGGAGCUUUUUCCUGCUCAACCCGAUUUAUCCUUACAAAUUAGUCCUCCAAAUAGUAAACCAUCAUCGACGUGGCAGAGAAGAAGAUCAACAACAGAUCAAGAAGUUCAUGAGGAACUCGAUUUAGGGUUUUGGAGAAGAGCUCUUGAUUCAAGAAGAUCCUCUAAUUCCAGCUCAAAAACAACCAAUAACCAUCAUCAUCCACUCGGAGACCUCUCGCUCUCUAACAACUCUCAUCAACAUCAACAACAUCAGCAUCCACACCUUCUCCCUAAUUGCAACGUCUCUAACAUCUUGACCCCUUUCCAGUUCCAGACACAACAACAACAGCAACAAGGGUUUCUUGCUCAUGACCUCAACACUCAUUUACGACCAAUACGAGGAGUCCCUGUAUACCAAAACCCUCCUUUACAUCAUCAUCACCGACCGCCGCCGCCGUAUUUCCCUUUUGAUCCGUCGUCUCUAAUUCCCUCUUCUUCACUGAAUCCCACGGCAAUCAACAAUAGCAACAAUAGCUUUGGUACUAGUGGCGUUAGUAACUCCGGUUUAAUUACAAACCCUAAUUAUCAACACCGUCAUCAGACUCUGAACAGAGCGAGAUUCAUGCCGAGAUUUCCUGCCAAACGAAGCAUGAGAGCUCCACGGAUGCGAUGGACAACUACUCUCCAUGCCCGUUUCGUUCACGCCGUUGAAUUGCUUGGUGGCCAUGAAAGAGCAACACCAAAAUCAGUUCUUGAACUUAUGGAUGUCAAAGAUCUCACCUUGGCUCAUGUUAAGUCCCAUUUACAAAUGUACAGAACAGUGAAGACAACCGAUAAAGCAGCAGCUUCGUCAGGACAAUCUGAUGUCUACGAAAAUGGAUCUUCAGGGGAUAAUGACUCAGAUGAUUGGAUAUUCGAUAUGAAUAGAAAAUCUAGAGAUAGCGAUGAAUUGACGAAUCCUCUAGAGAAAUCAACCGGUCUGUGGACCAAUUCAUCAGGAGAGGCACGUUUGCAUGGGAAGUUAAUCGAUAAUGUUGCAGAAAUUAUGCUACCUUCUGAGAAGGAAAUAGAUGGAAAGUGUUCAACUUAUGAGAGGAUAUCAUCAGAGGAGAUGAGCUCGUCAAGUAUAUCCGGAACAAGCCCCUUCAAGCCUAAUCUUGAAUUUACUUUGGGUCGCUCUCACUAAGUUAUUGUAUUAGCUAGUUAGUAAUUAGUUAGUUAAAUUACUUUAGCUACUAUUUGCUAAUGACUUGUAUCGAUAUUCAAAUCAACUGAAUGUUUCUGUUUUACGCCUAUAUCCUAAUGUCUCUCCGAAAGUUGAAAACACUAUUCUUUCCUUCUCUAUUGAGAGGUGCCAGUGAAAGAAUAACACACUAAAUGCUAAAAAAUGUUAAGUUUAUUUUUCAACUUUUAUAUUUUUAUUUAUUUAACA